UUGCGGACACGCAGAGACUGAAGGAAUUCAAUGGCAAAGACCUAUGUGGUCAAGUCUGCCAUUUCUCUUCUGCUUCUCGCCUGUGGGCGAGCUUUAGCUGAGGCUCCAGCUGGUGCCGUACCCUCCACAGGCACAGAAGCAUGGUACGCUGAUUACGAGCUCAACUUGCGUCCAGAAGAUGCUGGCGCUUCGGCAAUUCCAUGGCGGUUGUCAGCUUGGCAGUUUCAAGAGGAUCUGGCGAACUUUUACCAUUAUAACGGCCGUCCACCUCUGAAUCCAGCAUACUUCACUGUGAUGUUACCAGACGCAAUACAGAUGCAGAUACUACAAGAGUGCCCCGGACUGCUGAUUUCAGCUGCGAUGCUGAUCGCCCAGGUCCGCCUCUCGGCAGGAGAUUGUUCCCAGGCAAUGGCACUUCUUCAGCAAACCUUCCAGUGGCUGUCCGAUGGCCAAACAGCUUUGCAACCCUUUGCACUUAAGGAGCAUCGGAUUACAGAGAUUGUCAUGAAGGCUGCGGUAAUGCUACCUGGUUGGAAUGUUGAGGCUGCUGUCCAGCGAUUUCUUGAAAAGGAGAGCAGCUGUAGUCCUGCCCAUGUGCUGAAGAGUUGCGAAGAUGCAAAGCUCGAUAUUGUCGUGGCGGUGUGCAGGGAGGAUCUCAGUUGGCUUGCCAGCUUUACUACUGCCAGGAUCUGGAUUUACGCAAAGUGUGGGUUGGAAGCUGCGCAACAUCCAGAACACUUGCUGUGUGUCACGAAAGAAGACUUACCGAAUUUGGCAAUGGAAUCAUUGGCUUAUGCCACUCACCUGGAACGUCGCUAUGAUUCCUUCGCAGACUACACGUUUUUUCUUCAAGGAGCUCCCUUUGAACACGCUUCCCCUCGGCUGGUCCAAGACGCAGCGAGUGCAAUCCAGGCUGGACACUACAGCGUGCCCUUUCUCCACUUGAACUCCCGUCGAUUUCUGGCGGGGUCCAGCUUUUGCUUGAGGGAUUUGUAUUCUCGGCUGCUGGAUGCUCCGGCCCCUGAGGUUUUUGGCUCCUAUUGCUGCAGCCAGUUCCUGGUCCGACGUGAUCGACUCUUGGCUCGGCCUCAAGCUCUCUACGCACGGAUCGUCGCCAUUCUGUCAGGGGACUUUCCAUUGGCCUGUGCGCAGGAUGUGAAGUACGAUCCUCGACCUCGCAUUGCGGUCUCUGCACUUUUCGAGCAUUUGUGGCAUGUUGUCCUUGGAGAACCACCGUUGCUGACUCCAAGACGUAGCAAUCAGAGGUCUCAGGGGACAGAGCAGAGAGACACGCGCACACACAGAAAGCCAUGAAGUGUAGACUCAAAAGUGGAGCUGGCUGCUUUUGCAGUCAAUGAAGCUGGCAGUCGUGUGACAAUGCAAAAGUGACUGCACAACUGCAGGCUUCCUCUCUUUGCACAGAUAGAUAUCACGGAGGGUGCGCUGCCAGAUGCUCUCAAAGAGUAAGAGAUGUGGACAAAAA